GGGCAUACUGUCUCUGUGUAAUCCACCCCUCUCUUCUGCCUCAUGGGUCUCCUGUCGCUCGGCACACCGCUCGCCUGGGAUGAGGCCAAACAGUACGCCGAUCACGUCAGGACGCACGGGAUCACACAGCUCCUGCACAUAUGGGAUCGCCUCAAGGACAGAUGUGGCGACGAGCUGCUGUGGGGAGACGAGAUUGAAUACAUGGUUGCCUCGUUCGACAACCAGGAAAAGCAUGCCAAGCUCUCCCUUCGCCAGACCGAGAUCCUCGCCAAGCUCCAGGACAUCGUAAACGACAUUGUGUCCGAUCGCGGCGAGUCUGAUUCCGUGCCGACUUACCAUCCCGAGUAUGGUCGUUUCAUGCUCGAGUCCACGCCCGGCUCUCCGUAUACCGGGGAGAUAAGAGAUCUGCUAUCUGUAGAGGGCAACAUGCGUUACCGUCGCCACUUAGCGCGGAAAUACCUCAAGCAGAAUGAAAUACCAUUCACUAUGACGUCCUUUCCCCGUAUGGGCGUCCCGGGCGUUUUCACGGAGCCGUACUUCGACCCUGUCGACGCUGUGUCCAGCCACAGCUUAUUCCUGCCGGAAGAGAUCACAAACCCCCAUGCACGUUUCCCGACACUUACCGCUAACAUCCGGCGGCGGCGCGGAUCGAAAGUCGCUAUCAACCUCCCGCUAUACAUAGACACCCACACCCCUCGCCCGUUCGUAGACCCCACAAUCCCAUGGCAGAGGAAUAUAUAUCCGGAGGACUCGGAGGCCAAGAAGGGAGCAGCAUUUCUCGAUCACAUUUACAUGGACGCAAUGGGCUUCGGCAUGGGAUGUAGUUGUUUGCAGAUUACAUUCCAGGCCUGCAAUAUUGCCGAGGCUAGGCGUCUCUACGACGCUCUUAUUCCCAUUGCUCCGCUUAUGCUGGCAUUGUCUGCGGCAAGCCCGUUAUGGAGGGGUUACAUCGCCGACGUCGACUCUAGAUGGGACGUGGUCUCGGCAAGCGUCGACGACCGCACGGAGGAGGAGCGCGGGCUGAAGCCGCUGAAUGAGAACAGAUUCAGGAUACCGAAAUCACGCUAUGCGAGCGUGAGCUUGUACAUCUCGGAGUAUUGGAUGAACCAACCGGCAUAUAAUGACAUAGACGCGCCGCACGACCCUGCCAUCUUUGAACGUUUACGCAACCACGGCGUCGACGACUUGCUAUCGAGACACUUCGCACAUCUAUUUAUUCGGGACCCCAUUGUUAUUUUUUCGGAAAGCAUAGACCAGGACGACGCGGUCAAUAACGACCACUUCGAGAACAUUCAAUCUACCAACUGGCAGACCCUACGAUUCAAGCCACCGCCCACGAACUCGCCGAUUGGUUGGCGCGUAGAGUUCCGACCGAUGGAAGUGCAGCUGACGGACUUCGAGAACGCGGCGUUCUCCGUAUUCAUCGUGCUGCUAUCGCGCGCGAUCCUGCACUUCAACUUGAACACCUACAUUCCAAUCUCCAAGGUGGACGAGAACAUGGCGCGCGCGCAGAAGCGGGACGCCGUCCAUUCCCAGAAGUUCUAUUUCCGCAAGGGCGUGUUCCCGCCCGGGCCCUCGCAACCGUCGAGCGUCGCAUCGUCGUGCCCAAGCACACCCGUGAGCGAGCACGGCGGGCCGAUACUCGUGAACGGGGUCAAUGGGAAGGAGAAGAAGCUCCGGAACUGCUACCCGCUGCCGCCGAAGCCCGAGGACGCGAUCCCGGCGGGCGCCGUCGAAGACGAGUACGAGGAGAUGUCGAUGGUCGAGAUCAUGAACGGAAAGGGCUCUUCGUUCCCUGGAUUGCUCAACCUGGUGUACUCGUACCUGGAGACGCUCGACGUCGACGAGAAGUCUGCGCGGCAGAUCGAGGAGUACUUGGAUCUGAUUCGGCGUAGGACCGAUGGCUCACUGCGGACAGCGGCGAGCUGGAUCCGGAACUUCGUGCGGUCUCAUCCUGCGUACAAAUUUGACUCGGUGGUGAGCGAGGAAAUUAACUAUGAUCUCAUGGUGGCUGUGGACGAAAUAGAGAGGGGUCUGCGCAAGGUGCCCGACUUCCUGCCCGCCAAUUGCUCCCCCAGACAGUGAACGCGGAAGCACGGGUGUAUAGGGAUCCAUGGACAGUAAGCAGUCAAUCGAAGCAAUGUAUCUUAUCGCAUAACUGUUGUUUUACUCGCUGUGAAUCUGAACGCAAUUG